CCGAGCAUAAACACCAACAGAUCGGCAUCACUGGACGCAACCCAAACUCAAUCAAAUCGAGUAGAGAACGUUCGUCUCUGACAACCACAUUACGGGCCGGCCAGACAGCCUCGGCAUCAAACGGGGAAAGCCGCUAUCAAAACCCAAGAGAGGAGACAAAACCCUCACGCACUAAUCGACAACAUUUCUGACAUGGCAUAAUCAUAGUCACUUGUUAAAAUAAUGUGACAUGUGGUAUUAUCAAACAACUUUGUAAUUUAUGGUGUAAACACAUUGAUGGAAACAAAAUCUUAUUAUUUGUUUACUACUAACUGGCCUGAUCUCUAUGCCUUGAAUAAUGAGACCAUCAUUCCAGUGACGACCCAACUGCAAAAUACUCAUUUCCUAUUCGUUGCCUUUGCCUCCAGUAUCUCUGUCUCCAUUCUUUGUCUCUAUCCAAAAACACAGUUCAUUUACGACCUUCAGUUCAAACAAGUCCAACAUUUACCUCUACAAGCUGGUACUCAAAUCCACAAGCUGUCUUUGUUGCCUUGAACACAAGAUUUUAAUAAUUUUUAUAAUAUAGUAUAUUGGACUUGAACAAGUUUUAGAAUUAAUUUGGAAUUGAAGUUGCCCAAUCAAUUGUUGAAGUAUAGAAACAGAGGUUAUUUUUGUGUGUGUGUGUGUGUGUGUUUUUCUUUUUUUAUUUUUAAAAUUUUUUUGCCAAAUCAAUUUGUUGAGUCAACUUGAUGUCUUGAGAAUUAAAAUUAAAAUUAAAAU